AUGGAUAUUGCAGAGAGGCUGAUCAUGACGCAGCCGAUGUACUUCACGGAACCUUGCAAUAAGUGUGGCUAUUGCAGAGGUGAAAAGGAAGAUGUUGAGAACUAUUAUUCACUUAAGUCACUUUGUAAUGGUGGGCAUGACCGUAAAGUAGAGAAUUGUACGGUGGGGUUUCAAUCCGAAAAUAUGACAAUUUCAACGUAUGAUUCGUUGUGCAAUAUGGGAUAUCGUCGGUCAGGCCAUUUCAUAUAUAAACCAGAUCUGUUACGUAGUUGUUGUCGGUUGUUUACCAUCAGAACUACCCCUGACCAAGUGAAAUUGACCAAAGAAUACAAGAGUUGUGUUAAAAAAUUUAAAAACUUUGUUCAACCUGAACAAGGGAAGCCCAAAAAGAAAGGAAAUGCUCCUUUUGAUUAUAUUCAGGAAUUAUCUGAAAUUGAUAGAAAUAAAAGUGAUUUUUAUACCAGAUAUGAACCUGCUACUUAUACAGAAGAGAAAUAUGUGUUGUUUGCCCGGUAUCAAGAAAGUGUACAUAAUGACUUCAAACAUAACAAGAAAUCGUUUGAACGGUUUUUAUGUGAUUCACCAUUCCCUGAGCAUAUCAAGAUGGGUACUGAGGAGGAAUGGGAACAAUUGAACGAAUUAGGUAGUAGAAUUCCAAGUUCAUUCUCAUUGGGAGAACCUUUGAAGAGGCUAGGCCCAGCUCAUGAAUGUUACUAUUUUAAGGAUCAAUUGAUUGCCAUUGCAGUGACAGAUUUCCUGCCGAGUGGGAUGUCUUCAGUUUACUUCAUUUGGGAUCCAGAUUUCAAAAAAUGGUCUUUAGGUAAACUGAGUGUCCUGAGGGAAUUGUCUUUGUUGAGUAAGACUGAUAAACCAUAUUAUUAUCUGGGUUAUUAUGUAGAGGACUGUCACAAGAUGAAUUACAAGGCAGCCUAUGGUGGCGAAUUACUAGAUGUUUGUAACUCAAACUAUGUGUCCCUGGAUUAUUUGAAAAGAGAGCAUCAUAUUGAUCAUGGUCAUCUAUUCACAUUUGGUGGAAGUGAUAACAUUCAAGGUGAAAUUGAAAUUGAUGAUAAAUUGAAUCACGAUUUCCAAAAAUGCGACAUUUCUUCGACAGGUCUGAAAGAUAUUGCAGAAGGUAUAUUUGGGAUGAAUGGUGUGGUGGCCCAUAAUGAAUCUCAACAGGAAGACGUUAUUGCGACUAUACGGAAGUAUGGGAUUAACUAUCAUAGCCAGAACUACAUUGAUUCACUAUACAAAAGUGAAUCAAAGUCUGAUUCUGAUGAGGAUAAGGAUAGUGACAUUGAUUCCUCUACAAAACAGCCCCCACAGAUGCUGACAACUUUGCCCAAUGUCCUACCGGGGCUCGUUCCAUUGACUGAGCUACUUUCGAUGCUUGAGAUGGAUCGUAUGCGUGAACUGGAUGGCAAGCUACUCAUUUACAAUACCGAAUUGCAACAGAUAAGACCGAUUUUUGAUUUCUAUAGUGAACCAGAGGAGAUCAAGACUACUGUUUGCAACGUCGUCAGGCUCCUUGGUAUGCGUCUAGCAAAGAGGGCGCUUGUCAUAAUUUAA